AUGACCGUUGUUAGAGCCCUGAUCAACACUGCAGUAAAAAAAGGAUGGGAUCUUCAUCAGCUGGAUGUAAAUAAUGCAUUCCUACAUGGAGACCUACAUGAAGAGGUAUACAUGGAAAUCCCACAGGGUCUGAAGGGUGAGUCAUCAGUUUUUGUAGUUGUAUAUGUUGAUGAUGUGAUCCUUACUGGGACUAAUCUUGAGGAAAUUAAGGUACUGAAGACUUACUUACAUAAUCAGUUCAAAACAAAAGACUUAGGCGAAUUACACUACUUCUUGGGUCUAGAGAUGUUUUACAAGGAUGAUAGAGUGUUGAUCUCCCAAAUGAAGUUCACUACCGAUCUAAUGAAAGAGUAUGAUUGCCUGAGGUAUUAUGCUAUUUCAUAUCCACUAGAUUCAUCAACCAAACUGAGGGCUGAAGAGGGUCCUCUGCUGUCUGAUCCAUCCUAUUAUAGGAAACUAGUUGGGAAGCUCAAUUUUCUCACAAACACAAGGCUGGAUAUUGCAUACAAUGCAUUUUUCUGUCCAUUGAUCCCUCUUGCCUAUUGUGACUCGGAUUGGGCAGCAUACCCUGACUCAAGGAAGUCUGUAAAUGGGUAUCUAGUGCUCUUUGGAGGUAGCCCCAUUAGCUGGAAAUCAAAGAAGCAGACUACUGUCUCACUAUCUUUCGCAGAAGCAGACUACAUAUCACUAAGAAAAGUGGUUGUAAAAUUGGCAGUUGUACACAUUGCUAGGAACUCUGUGUUUCAUGAAAGGACAAAGCACAUAGAAGUCAAUUGCCACUUUGUGCAAGACAAGCUGCAUGAUGGUCUGAUUACACUUCAUCACAUUUCUACUCAUGAUCAGCUAGCUGAUAUUUUAACAAAGGCUCACACAGGAAUUUAA